CAGACACAAGUCCAGAGGUUCAACCUUCCAAACAAAAAAGUAAGGAAAGGGAAAAACCAGAGAAGAAAAUGAGAGUGGAACAGCAAUUUGUUACCCUGGAAAAUUACAUCUCCUUACUCCAAAAUCAAGAUGAACAAGAUCAAAUCACCAUUAAACACUUGAAUCAGAGGGUUUUAGUGGAUGCUGUAAACAGCAUAGAAGUGCUAUUGAAUCCAUUUCGUUCAACAAUCAGUGAAAAGAUAUCACCAGCUUCACUUUCAAAAGAAGAAAUUGUGAAUGAUCUCUCAAUUUUAGAUUGGAAAGAUUGUGCAGUACAACGUAUUGAAAGCGUAGUAGUAAAUACUACUUUACCUUCGGAGUGUUUGACUAAAUCCCCCAUUAAAAAUCAUGGUAUGGAUAAGAGUUUUACACCAGAGGAAAAGAAAAAGAGAAGUUAUACAAAGAAGAAGGAUAAGAUUCAUAAGAAGAAAAAGGGUUUGAUGGAAUCAGAGUUUCCAGCUGCAGCAACAGAGAAAGAACAGAAGAGAAGAUAUAGAAAGAAGGAGAAGGGUUCGUUGGAGUCAGGGUUUACAGCGGUUCUAAGAAGACUAGGUACAACUCUAAUGAACCACCUAUUGAUUUCAGUUUUAUUCCGCUUCUUGAAUUUGUUGUGGCUGAUGAAGACGACCAAGAUGAUGACACCGAAUAUCAACCAAUAUCUGACUCCAUGUUUCUAUGAUUUGAUAUUAGCCGUUGAGUAGUGUUAUUGAUUUUUUGAUACGACCAUGGCCGUUGAAAAGAUAGAGAUUAUAAUAUGUUAGCACUGGGGUUGUUAUAGAUGCUUCUUUUUGUAAUUUGGAAAUAUAGAUGAUUAUUGUUAUGUUGAUUUGAUCCUGGCCGAUAAAGAGUUUAUGGUUUAGUUAAGUGUUAGCAUGGAGUACUUGAUUAAUAGUGCUGGACUACGUAUGUAAGUUGGAAAAAAGUAGUUGAUUUUGAAAGAUAGA